AUGCUGUUUUUGUAUGGCUUUUUCCCCUUGAAUAUUAAUUCGAAAAGUUUCUCGAAGAAAGAAGAUUUGCCGAAUUUGAAAACUUUUCAGUCUAUUUCUUCAGAAUCUUAUUCUCAAUCAGUGAACAAAGUUGUGUUAAUGAUUAUUGAUGCUUUUCGCAAUGAUUUUAUAUAUGAGUUCAAUGAUAAUAUGCCGUUUCUACAGAGGAUUAUUAAAGAUAGACAUACGUGUGCUUUUGUAUCUGAAAUUAAGACGCCUACUGUAACAUUGCCAAGAAUAAAGGCCUUAACAACUGGAUACAUUCCAGCGUAUAUAGAUGUAGUCUUGAAUUUUGGUACUCAAGCUUUAAUAACUGAUAAUAUAAUAUACCAAUUUUAUUCCAAUUCCAAAGAUCUAGUUUUUUAUGGUGAUGAUACAUGGCUUAAAUUAUUUCCAAAUUUAUUUAAAAGAUUUGAGGGAACAACUUCCUUUUAUGUUACAGAUUUUUAUGAGGUAGAUUACAAUGUGACGAAAAAUGUUAGAACAGAGUUGCUUAAUGAUGAUUGGAGUGUUAUGAUUUUACAUUACCUAGGGCUUGAUCACAUUGGUCAUGUAGAAGGACCCCAGGGAAAACAUAUUAAGCCAAAAUUGAAAGAAAUGGAUGAUGUGAUUGAAUAUAUUUACAAAAAUUUAAUAAAAACGGAUUCCGAAAAAAAUAACAAUUUAUUCAUUAUUAGUGGAGACCAUGGUAUGAGGGACUCAGGUGGUCACGGAGGUUCAUCUGAACCAGAAACAAACAUUCCACUUAUAUUUGCUGGAAACUUAUGUGAAGAUACAAUUUUUGGAUUAGAGCAUGUUCAACAAAUAGAUUUAGUUCCAACCUUAUCAGUAUUAUUAGGAAUUCCAAUACCAAUGGGCAGUAUUGGGGUACUUAUUGACUCUGUGAUAACAAGACUGAAUUCUGAACAACAAAUGUAUGCUCUGUAUUAUAAUGCAAUGCAUUUAGCAAAGCAUUGUGAUGAACGAUUAGAGAGUUCUUAUAGCAAUGAAUACUACAAGGAUUAUCUGAAGGCUGUGAAAUUGUAUGAACAUUGGCUAUUGAGUAAUAAAACAGAUGAUUUAUUGAAGAAGCAAUCUUCAAUAUUAUUUAUAUCAUCUAUGAAACAAAUGAGUAAAGAACUUAGUUCAUUGGGAACAAAUUAUAAUGAAUUUUAUCUGAUAUUAUCAAUGAUACUCGUGUUUGAGGCACUUGGUAUAAUAUUAUCAACAUUUUUAAUUGGAGAUCUCUCAUUACAAGUUUUUAAAAAUACUUAUAAAAAACUAUUUGGUGCAACAGUAUUGACAACAAUUUUAACAGUCACACAGAUAUUAUGCACACGAAACGUAAUGACUAUUUGGAUAUUAUUAUUCAACACACUAAUAUCUGUGGUGUUGAGCAUAAAUUUUUAUAUUAUCAAAAAUGUUGCUAGCAAAUUUACACUUUGUUUGGUUUAUGCAGCAUCAUCAUCACAAUAGCAAAUCAUAUCAACUGCAACAAGAUUCUUAAAUACGCUAUUCUUUUCCAUAUAUUUUAUCACAUUUACUAUUUUAAAAGCUUAACAUAUAAUAUUAUUAAACCGCCGUUAACGCUGAUUCCUUCUGAUUACAUAAUAUUGAAUAUUCUAGUCGUGAUAUCAAUUAUUGUUUUGGUAUCAUUCAAUAAAACGCAAAAAAGUAAAUUAAUUUUAGCUUCAUUUUUAUUAUACUUAUCAUUUCUUCAAAAGCCACAUAAUGCGUUUUUGCUUUCUUCGAUUAUAUUUAUUUUGAAUAGUAUUUUUAAUUUCGACGGUGCCGAAACAAAAAUAUCUUUUAAUCCGAGGUUUAUUGGAGCUAUCUGGAUCGGAUUUACUUUCUAUUUUA